AUCACUCAUUACUUUUUUAAAUCGCAGCUCGUUGUCCCCCUCCUUUCCUUGAGUCACGGGGAUUAGCGACAUUCGCUAAUAAGACUACUUAAAAACUUCUUUUCAUGAACUCCAGCAGCUAGUUUCAAUAGUGUAUCUAUGUUUCAUGGUAUCCAAACCAUCCCUUUAAGCGACGAAGACCGAUUUUUACUUCUAAGCGUUGGUUUUAGAUUUGCUGAGGAGAUUUUGAGAUUACAAGAUCUAGAACUUUUUUCCAAGUUACUGAAAUGUCCUUUAACUAAAGCUAAGUCCAUUCUAUCAGAAUUGAAAGAAUAUUUUCUUAGAGAAACUUUUAACAAGAGAAUUACUUGUCGUUUAUAUACACUGUCCCAUCUUAAAAAGAAAGAGAAAUCUUUAAAACCAAUUUCAACCUUUAUUUCGGGAUUAGAUAGAAUUCUUUAUUUUCAUAUCGAGGGUUCCAACGAACUUUUAGGAGGCGUUCCAAGAGGAUGUGUAACGGAAAUCUAUGGGGCGCCGGGCACUGGGAAAACCCAGUUAGCUAAACAACUCUGUUUGAGCGUGAGUAUUCCUACAGAGCUCGGUGGGAUUGGCGGAGAAGCAAUUUUCGUGGACACGGAAGGGAGCUUUGUCGUAAGCAGAGUCGCUGAGCAGUUUGAGCAUAUGAAAGUCGAAUUGCUUUAUUCGCGCGGUAAACUUUCGGACGAGUCAUCUUGGACUACGUAUACUCUGGAGAAAGCCUUGAGCAGGAUUCACUUUUAUCGCAUCCUUUCUUCCAAAGAUCUCUUGGAAGUCGUUGCUAAAAUCAAAAUACUGUGCGACCAGAUCCCUACUACAAAGCUGAUAGUAAUAGAUAGUAUAGCCUUUCAUUUUCGUUGUAGCCCUCCCGAUGCCAUGAACUUGCGCAACUCUCGGCUGGGAAGACUUGCUCUCGAUCUCGCGAAUUUGGCUCACCAGUACGAAUUGGCAGUGGUCGUCGUAAACCACGUUACCACCAACGUUCGAACUUCAGAUCGUUCCCGCGAGGGAUUAACACCAGCGCUGGGAGACAUGUGGUGCCACACAAGCUCGGUGCAGAUCAGCUUGCAAAGAUUUAGCUCUCUGAUGGACGGAGGCAAUUUUCAAGCAACGCUGGAAAAAUGUCCCUUUCUUACUAAAAAUUAUUGUUUAUACAAAAUAACCGAGCGAGGCUUGAGGGACUGGAACUUUAAAUCUUCGUCGACUGUUGAAGGAAGCUCUCAAAAAAAGUUGAAAGUUGAUCUAAAAAAAGAUAUUGACCAAAAAUCUAAAGUCAUCGCUAAUGACUUGUGAAAGCAAGUCUAGAAUACUAGUAAUCCUAUAAGUCCCGAAUCACUUGUACUACAGAUUUAAGGCCUUGCUCCUUUUUGAAACUUUAUAUAGUAAACGGAUUUAAGUAACCAAUCACUUUAACG